UACCAUGUGGUAUCAAAGAAAAUUUUACUAUAUUAUUUUAGCCUUUACAAACUCAUCGUAACGUUACGAAGGAAAGAAAAAUCAUACAAAUUAUAACACCAGCGGAGCUAUUGUUCAAUCGGGAAGUUAUUUAAAAUAAAAGAAGAAAAAAAAAAUUGAAUCAGGAGAUAAAAUGACGGAAUCAAUUAAAUUUGGUCCUGAAUGGUUACGCAAUAGUGUUGCAAACGUGUCAUCAAACGUUAAUAAUUCAGCGUCAUCUAUUGUAGCGGCAACAGACAGUAUAACAUGUCGUCCUGUGCUUUCAGAUCAUCGUUAUGGACGUGAAGAGAUGCUAAGUUUAUGCGAUAAAUCUACUCGACUUCCAGAUGCUCUAACCCGUUUUCGUCGCUUAUAUGUUGCUGACUGGCAAGUACCAUUAGCUUUACAACCUAAUACUGAAGAUGAGCGAAGUUUGGGAGCACCUGCUGCGUGGGGAACGUCGCAUAUACGUCCUCUUAUGCCAGGCAGUGGUAUAGGACGUAGUGGAACUGGAAUAAUUAGAGGUGGAUUAGUUGAAAGAGGUAGAGGACGAGGUCGAGGCUUAUAUCACACCAGUGCAGGAUAUAUUAGGUCCACAUCAUUAUAUGAUGAUGAAGGGCGUCGAACUUGGCUUGAUCGUAAUGGAACUGAUUCCUCUGAUUGGUCUGGAAGUGGUAACACUGUCAGUCCUAGGAAAGAGUUUUCACGAGGAAGUUCAGGAAUGGAAAAUUGGCGAAAAGGCAAUCGAGAGGAUAGUAAUGUAGUUAAUCAAUCUGAAAAUGACUGGAGGAGUUCAAGCAAUGGCUCAGCUAUAGCAAGAGAAAAAUGGGCUCGUAGUACAAGUUGGAGAGAUGGUGAUGGAGUAGCAGUAAGUGGGGACUCUACGGGCGCAAUAAAUGGUUCUCCAAUGCAACAGCAAUCAAUAUCUUCUACAACUAGUAUUGCAUCGAAUCAAACUUCAACCACAACGCCUUCAAAAGCAGCAGUUUUGUUUAAAAAAUCAUGGGAUGAAGAUCACCUUCCCGAAUGGGCUACGGAAUCAUUUGAUUAUGGAGGUACUUUUGAUGCAACAGGUGCUUUUCAUGAUAAUGAACGAGAUCAACGUGACAAUGCUCUUUCAUGUGAUACUCAAGAGAAAAAAACUGUAGCGAAUUCGAUUGAAGAAAAGGAAAACAAUGAAACGAAAGCUGAUGAUAGUUGCACUCUGAAUGUGGAAGGAUUAUCAUCAUUUGAGGGAUCGGAACAUCCUCAGAAGUUCAUAGAAUUCAUGAGUAAAAAGCAAUCGCAGCAACAGAAACACGAAGGGCAACAAGGACAACAGAAUAACACAAAUUUUGAUCCGUUGGUUAACGCGACCAUUAAUGGUUCCUCCCAGAACACUUCAAUUACACAUAUUGAUCGAAUGAAAGAGGUCGCAGAUCUAGUUGCCAAUUUAAUAAUGGAAGAUGAUCCAAAAGAUGUUAAAGUAAAUACUACUGCAACUCAGUCACAACAACAGCCGCAACAACCACCAACAGCAACUGCCAUGAUAGAUUGGUUUUAUCUUGAUCCACAAGGUGACACUCAAGGACCGUUUACAGCUCAAGAUAUGAGUGAAUGGUAUAAAGCGGGUUAUUUUCAAGAGUCUCUUAUGGUUCGACGCUCAAUUGAUGGCGGUUUUAUGACUCUAGGUCAAUUAGUCAAUGUUUAUGGACGGUCUGGACCUUUCAUUGCUGCUGGCAAUUUAAUGGAUCCUAUUCAACAACAACAACAACAACAGCAGCAGCAACAACAACAACAGACUAUUCAUCCUUCGGUUGAUAUGGAUCCAUUUAGAGUUCAACAACAACAACAACGUCAACAUCAACAACAACAACAACAGCAACAUCAUCAACAACAUCAGCGUUUAUUGCAACAGCAUCAACAACAACAACCAAAUGAUAUAAGCGACUGGAGUAUGAUGACACCGGAACAACAAAUUAUGCUGUUAAACAUGCGAUUGACUCAUCAGAGACCAUUGCCAGAUCCUUAUGUGAUAAAACCUCUGCCUCAUGCAACGACUGGUACUUCACCUUUGGAUUUACGACGAAUGAUGGGCAGCAGUGGGGCAACAAACGAAUUUUAUCCAAAUCCUCUUCCUAUUCCUUCAACACAACAACCUAUAGCUCCAACACCGCAAGAUAUUGAUCCCAUCCAACAAUUAUUGAUGCAAUUACAAAAGACUGGAGGUAAUAUUGAAGGAGUUGUUAAUGAAGCUCAAUGGAUUAAGCGAUCAGGAUCUCCGAAAAUGAUGAUUCAACAACCAAACACAAACAACAAUAACUUAGAAUUGGUGUCAACAGCGUCGACUUUAAAUCCUCAAAUGCUUCCAAAUGUUCUCAAUCAAAAUAUAAUCAACAAUUGGAAUCAAAAUGUGCCACUUGCUAUUUGGGAUCCUAAAAAGAAGAAGCAAAAAGAUGAUGAAAAAGGAAUUAAUGACCAGAAAAAACAGACAGUAAAAGAAUCUUCAGGAGCAUCCAUGGCGACAACUAUGAAACAGAACAAUAGCAAGAAGAAGUCUCCAGGUGGUGCUGAGAAACAACUAACUUUGAAGAAAGAAGAUAGAAGUAAUCAACCUGCAGCACCAGCUCCAUGGGUUGGCCAUCAGAAUAUAGCAAGUAGCACAAGUCUUGCUAAAAUACAAAAGUCGGAAGCUCAACGACGACAAGAUAUUCCGACAACAAACAGUGAUGUGUCAAUUUGGAAUUCAACGCCACAAUCUACGGCUUGGCAUCAGCCAAGAGCUUGGAGUGGAGAGCAAACAAGUGGAAGUGGCUUUUGGGAAGAACCAACGAAAUCAAACAUAAACAACCUAGGAAAAUCAAUUCAGAUGUUAAGCAAAAGUCAGACUAUGGCUUCCAUUGCAACAACAGGUAACAAUAAUAGAAAACAUUUACAAGCAACAGCUCCACCACAACAAGCGAAGAAAAAUCAGAUAAUAGCAAAGAAAUCACUGCCUGGAGAAAAGAAAGACAAAAAGGAUGAUAAUAAUACGAACGAGUUCACAUCGUGGUGCAUGAAAACUUUAAGCAACAUGAACGGAAAUGUUGAUGUUCCAACAUUUGUCAGCUUCUUGCAAGAUAUUGAGUCACCGUUUGAAGUCAAAGACUACAUUAAAAUGUACUUAGGUGAAACAAAGGAGUGCAGUGAAUUUGCAAAGCAAUUUUUGGAACGUCGUAGUAAACAACGCAAUCAACAGCGAUUGCAAAAUGCUCAUAUUGAUGACAUGUGCAGCCCAGCACCGGCAAUAACGCCCACUUUAAGUGGGGGUGUGAGCAGUGACUUUCAGGAAGUAAAGUCUAAAAACAAGAAGAUUAAAUCUAAGAAAGUGAUGAAAGUUGUCGAUGGCCGCAUUCUUGGAUUCACAGCUACAAGCUCAUCUGAUCGGAUAAACGUUGGAGAUCGUGACUAUGGAGAUAUCUGAAGGUUUCAUCUAAUUUCUAUGCGAUGAAAUAUGAAAAAAUAAACGAUUUUGGUUAUCUAUUGAUUGAUGGAAGAAACUUUAAGGAUAUCUUCACAUUUUCAUCUGGCGAAUUCUAAUUUCCCUUUUCACCACUAUUUUCUUAUAGAUAUAAAAAGAAUAAAUUAUUCGGUAUGAAUACUGAGUGAACUGUUUUUAAUUUGGAACUUAAUGAUGUUGUUGCUAUUAAGUUAUAAAAUAUGUUUUUUAAUAAAAAAAAUAAAGGAAAAACUAAAUGUGCC